AUGGUGGACUUCGCUUCACCUGCGAGUCCUCUGCCCUCUUUAGGGGCAGCCGCCGCCAAAUUUGCGACUGCUGCGCCCGUCAUCAUUGCGAAUAAUGGAAUCAACCACGAAGAAACCUCGUCCGGAGGCACCGUUCAAUACAGCGAUAUGCGCGACGAGUUCUACGCCUCCAUCUUCCCUGUCUGUUACGCUCUCGCCGCCACCACCGUGACGGCAUAUAUGCUUGUUAUCAUGCUUUUCAUUACCCCCCGGUCCUUCCUAGACGGCGGAAUCGUCUACCUCGGACGACGCGGCUUUACCAGUGGAGCAACCUCGAAUGGAAUCAGCAUCGGUGGACGUCCAUGGCUGCAAAAAGUGGCCGCUGUGACCGUGGCUAUUUCUCUGACGAUCGCCAGUGCCGAUACUUUCAAAGUCGCCGAGGAGCAAUACCUAUGGUCAAUUCAAGACGCCAAAAAGUUGCAACUGGAGGUUAUGGAAGGUACCGAAUUGAAGGUGAUUCGCCUCAUCUCCGACACGUUUUUGUGGCUGGCACAAGCCCAAACUCUCACCCGACUCUUCCCACGGCAGCGGGAAAAGGUUAUUAUCAAGUGGACCGCAUUCGCGUUGAUUACCCUAAACCUCAUCUUCAGCGCCCUCAACAGCUUCCAGUUCCCCGCCAGCGGGAGCCAGGGAAACGCCCGUCCGCGAAGCUUCGUCGACGCCGUUCCCGCCCUCAGCUACCUAUUUCAACUCUCACUCGGCCUCUUGUAUGCCGCGUGGGUCAUUUAUUACUCGCUCAUGAAGAAGCGUUACGCCUUUUAUCAUCCGUUGAUGAAGAACAUGAUUCUGGUCUCCACCCUCUCCCUUUUCGCCAUCCUCGUACCCGUUGUGUUCUUUGUAUUGGACAUGGCACAGCCUGAAUUUACCGGGUGGGGUGAUUACGUUCGCUGGGUUGGUGCUGCAGCUGCCAGUGUCAUUGUUUGGGAAUGGGUGGAGCGGAUUGAAGCGCUGGAAAGAGAAGAAAAGAAGGAUGGCAUUCUUGGACGCGAGAUCUUCGACGGAGACGAAAUGUUGGAGGUAUCUGCGUCGGAAUUCCCAUGGCUUCGACGGAGAAAGAACCGUGGCGGCCCCAGAGAUGGCGAGGGCGGCCAGGACGGGCCUGAAGGUGGUGGUACUGGCGCUCAAGGUCCUCCCUCUGGUGGCAGAGGUAACCUUUGGCCUGGCAUGACGUCCAUUGCGAACAGGUACCGCGGCAAUCACAACAAUCAGAACAACUCUACCGCGAACAACGCCCAAAACGGUCAAAAGUCCAUCGGUGGUCUUCUUCGUCCGCCCAUGUUGCCACUUCGACCCGCUCCUGCCGUAACGCCCGUGAGCCGAACCGAUACGGCUAGCGCAGCCAGUACUGUAUAUGCUGUCAGAUACCAACUGCCGUCAGAAACAACGUCACGGACACCAGAAGCCGCUGCUCAGCGCCCUAACCAAAUAUCACCGCAGCGGAAUGCCGCAGCACCCAUGUCGAGGAGCAGCUCGACAUCCUCCAGAAGCGACUCGAGUUCUGAUAACGAUGCCGCGUCACUGGCAGCACCCGUGCCCAGACAAGCAACCCACAAAGCCGUCGAGAUUGACACGGAAGCCCAGGAAGACCCGAACAUGCAGAACAGGAAAGGAUGGAGGUCUUUGGUUGGUAAGCCAUUCUUCCGUCUUAACGCACGCGAUCCUCCCGCAGAGGUGAUGGCCCAUACCGAGCCGAAGCCCGAGGUUCGUGGAGGCCACGACGACGCCGGAAGAUGGGAUUUCAAAGCCCGCCUCGAGGACUUUGCCGCGACGCAGGCCGAGAAGAUCAGAGAAAAGAUGCGACCAACCCCUGAGACGGACAGUUUACCGGUGACAGUCAUUCCGGCACCGCCCAGGCAAGGAGCCGCUCUGGCACAGCUUUUGGAGGAGGAACGAACUGGCGGUCAGGAAGCACCUGAACGUGCAGGAUUGACUAGGACCGCCAGCGAUGCUUCGGCUCUCACCCCGACUACCGGAGUUGCGCUUGCUGCACACCCAACAGGCGCACUGGGAAGAACGACAAGCAACUUUUCUCACUUAUCUCGCGGUGUUAGCCAGACUGACGAGCCAGCCACCACCCAACUCAAUCGACCACCUUUAUGGCCCGGAGUGCGUGCUCAACCUCAGGAGUAUGACCAGCUGUCGCCCAUUGUGCCACAAGGCAGGCGGCCAGCAGACGACCUUGGACCGCCGCCCAAUGCUUGA